CUCGCUUUGCUUCGCCGCCCGCCCGCCCGCCCGUCACUUCCCUAGACCCAGAGCCAACAUCACGCAGACCACAAGCGACAAGGAGACUGAAGCGCCAUGUCGUCGGUGAAGGUCGCGGUCCGCGUCCGCCCGUUCAACUCGCGCGAGCUUGCGAAAAACUCGUCGUGCAUUGUGCGCAUGGCAGACAAGUCGACCGUGCUGUCUGCGCCUACCCCGGCACCUGGGCGUGACAAGGAAAAGUCGUUCACGUUCGAUCACUCGUACUGGUCGUUUAACGCUCAGGACGCACAGUUUGCCACCCAGCGGCAAGUGUACGAAGACUUUGGCGUCGAGUAUCUCGAUCAUGCGUUCGAGGGCUACAAUGUGUGCAUUUUCGCGUAUGGCCAAACGGGUGCCGGUAAAUCCUUCACCAUGAUGGGUGGAAAGGACAACCCCGGUCUCAUUCCGCAGAUUUGCGAGGAACUCUUCCGCCGCACCUCGGCCAACACCAACCCCGACUUGUCAUACUCGGUCGAAGUCAGCUAUAUGGAAAUUUAUUGUGAGCGCGUUCGCGAUUUGCUCAGUCCCAAGAACCAGGGCAACUUGCGUGUGCGCGAACAUCCCAUUCUCGGCCCGUAUGUCGAAGACUUGGCAAAGCUUGUCGUCACCUCGUACGAGGGCAUUGAAAACCUCAUGAACGAAGGCAACAAGGCCCGUACCGUGGCCGCCACCAACAUGAACGAGACUAGUUCUCGCUCGCACGCGGUCUUUACCAUCCUCUUCACCCAGCGCCGCUUUGACCGCGACACCAAACUAAGCACAGAGAAGGUGAGCAAGAUCUCUCUGGUCGAUCUUGCCGGCUCGGAGCGCGCCGACGCCACGGGCGCCACCGGCGACCGACUCAAAGAGGGCGCAAACAUUAACAAGUCCCUCACCACGCUUGGCAAGGUCAUUGCGGCCCUGGCCGACUCUGUCGACUCGACCAAGGCGAAAAAGAAGGGUGCCAAAGGCGAAUCCUCGGCAGCCGCAACCGACCACAUUCCGUACCGUGAUUCCGUCCUCACCUGGCUGCUCAAGGAGUCCCUGGGCGGCAACUCCAAGACUGCCAUGAUCGCCGCCAUUUCCCCAGCCGACAUCAACUACGACGAAACGCUGAGCACACUUCGCUAUGCCGAUCGGGCGAAACGCAUCAUGUGCAAGGCCAUUGUUAACGAAGACCCGAACGCCAAGCUCAUCCGGGACCUCAAGGACGAAGUGGCAAAACUGCGCGCGCAGCUCCUUGCUGGCGGCGGCGGUGUGCACGAGCAACUCCAAACAUCCGAAAAGCUCAUCUCUGAACUCAACGAGACAAUGGAAGACAAGGUUCGCCGCACGGAAGCCAUUCAGCGUGAGCGUGAAAAGGCGCUUGCAGAGAUGGGAAUUGCCAUGAACGAGGCUGGCGGCGCGGUUGGUGUGCUGGCUCCCAAGAAGCAGCCGCAUUUGAUUAACUUGAAUGAGGAUCCACUCAUGUCGGAGUGUCUCAUCUAUUACAUCAAGGAGGGCCUCACGCGUGUUGGUCGCGCGGACGCAGAGAUUGAGCAGGAUGUCAAACUGAGCGGGUUGAACAUUCUGCCGCAGCACUGCUUCUUUGAGAUGGCAGAGAAUGGCAUUGACGUGACGAUCGUCCCAUUCGAUGGCAGCAAGUCGUUUGUGAACGGCAACCUCGUGACCGAGCCUGCACUUUUGACGAGCAGCGACCGUAUCGUGCUUGGCAACAACCACGUCUUCCGCUUUAACAAUCCCGAGCAAGUCCGGCGUGACCGUGAGCUGGCGCGCGAACAGGGAGAGGCCGAGUCGACCCCUGGCCAGGCGGAUCUCUUGGCUGCGCCUCUGGACGUCAUUGAUUGGAAGUAUGCUCAGCGCGAGCUGAUCUUAAAGCAGCACAUGUUCGGGGGUCUCCCGGUCGCCCAGACAGAUCUCCCGAACGAGGAGGAUUUGAAAAAGAAGCAAGAAGAGGAAGAUCGCGCCGUCCAGCUCGCCAUGGAGAGCCGCAUCAAGGCGAUGGAAGGUCGCUUCCAGCAAGAAAAGGAAGAGGCCGAGCGUCUCCUCGACCAACAACGGCGCGAGUACGAGGACAAGCUGGCUUCGUUGCAAAACUCGCUGCAGGAGGCUGCUGCCGCCGCCGAAGCAGCCAAAGCAGCCGGAGAUGCAGAAGCGGCAGCGGCAGCGGAAGCAGCGGCUGCGGCAGCUACCGCCGCGGCUGCCGCUGUGGUUGAGCCGCCGGCUGCCCCAGCUCCUGCCCCGACUGAUUCCGAUCCCUCAUUCCUUCCAGUGGCAGCAGACACGCAUGUUAUUGCCCAACAGCGACCAUGGACUGAGCGGGAGUUUACGCUUGCGCGGCGCGUGGCCAUGAAGUGGAAGAACUAUCGCUUCAGCUCGUUGCACGAUCGCCUGCUGUCCAUGGCUGUGCUCCUCAAGGAGGCCAAUGUGGUCAGUCUCGAGUUGCAAAAGCAAGUCUCCUUCCAGUUUACCGUGCGGAGCGAAACACCGUUUGCGUCGUCCUUGUUUGACAAGCCCAGGCCCGCCGACCUUGCGUACCGCAGCCGCACGAUGAGUAGCGUGACCCGCACCCAACCUGCUUCCAGUGGCAGCAGCGCUGUCGAGCCCGCCUCCAUUGCAGUUGAAGUGGUUGAUCGCAAGCACAACAGCUAUGCAGUGUGGACGCUCGCUCAGCUGCAAGAGCGCAUUUUUGUCAUGCGCGACAUGUACAACAACAUGAACGAGAUUGACGCCGGCGACGCGCAUCACAAGCAGCUCCAGCAGCAACAGCAACGGAUGCUGCAUGCACCACACGAGGCGCAUGGCCUGGGGCAGCACGGUUUGAUUCGAGACGAUCCGUUUUACGACACGCCGACUUGGUUCAAGUACAUUGGCCGCAGCUACGUCUAUGUCAAAAACCUCGUCUAUGGCAUCCCCAUUGAGCAUGUGACUCCGAUUGUGAGCGAGCGUGGUCAAGUCCUCGGCAUGGUCCGCAUUUCCAUCGAACCCCUGUUUGAUGAGGACGAAUCUGUUGCGGAGGCCGAUCGCGAAGACAGUGACAGCGACUCGAGCAGCGGUGCGGACACUGGCGACGACGCCAUUCCAGACACUGUCAACAUUGACGGCAAGCCAGUCACGGGCACCAACACUGGUGCGAUUGCUGCACGCCUUGGCCGCAAGCUGCGCGAUGAGUUGACUGCCAAUCCCCCGACUCCCAACAUGCCGCAAGGCGCGUCGUUUGUCACGCCGAGCGCCAAGCUUCGUCGGCUUCAGGUUGGCGACAAGUGCCACUUUGCCGUCAAUGUCUUGGAGGCCUUCAACUUGCCACAGGGCUUGUAUUCGGAUGUCUUUUUCCAAUUCCGAUUCAUGUACGAUGACAGCCCAGUGUUUUCCACCGAGCCGUGCACCCACUUUGAGGAUGUGUGCCAAUUCCGAUUCACGCAAAAGAUUUGCGUUGGAGCGUCCCAGGGUGUCAUGGCCUACCUCCAGCACUUCCCGAUGGUCUUUGAACUGUACGGCCAUUUCCAGGACCAUCCGCUGCAUGCGCAUGCGGCCCGCCACUGGCAAGCGCAGUCGGCCGACAUUUUCGCGGCCGCUUCCCAACGAGCCAAGUCGGCCUCGACGACCACGGAGACCUCCAUCCCAGCAGAGCAGGUUUCCAUCCCUGUGCCGUCCGGUGCCUCUGCCUCUGCCUCUGCCUCUGCGAACGCGCCCCGACUUUCGACUUCAGUCGCUGCCAUCCCUUACAGCGGCGGCGCAGACGUGCUGUUCCACGAGCAUCCCGGCGUGCAGACCCCAGCCCAGUCAACGCACUCGCCCUCCGGCACCCCGCGCCAGAGCGUCGACAUUCCGCGCACUCCGUCCCGGCCGUCGGCCGAGAUGACGCGAGGCCCUGCCGGUGCCUUCUCGCCCAUGAACAGUGGGUCUGCUCCCGCUGGUGGCAUGUCCACGCCAGGCCGAAGCACAUCGAGCUCGUUCACGUCGAACGCGCCUGCCGCAUCCUCGCCGCUUUCCAUGAACACAAUCACGGCCUCGCAUACGUCGUCCGGCGCCAGCGAGCCGCCAAAGCACGACUUGCUGGCUUGGUUUGAAAUCCGCGAGCUGUCGUCCUCGGGCGAGUACCUGCCCGUGCCAGUUGACCACACAGUGGAGCAGGCUGGAGGCAUCUUUUUGCUGCGUCAAGGCCUUCAACGUCGCAUUGCGGUGACCAUUUCGCACGAUUCCGGACCCGGGUUGGUCUGGCACAACAUUGUCUCCAUGUCGAUUGGCGCCGUUCGAAACGCGCGUCGUGAUAAAGACCAGGUGCCCGUGUCCAUGUACAUGCCCAUCAAUAUCAUUGCCAAGCCGACACUGCUCAAUCGCGAAAACGGCCGGUCGUUCCUGCAGGCCCAGGCCGCGUGGGACAGCUCGCUGCAUGACAACCAGCUGCUCAAUCGUCUCACGCCUGGCUCAGAGGUCGUUUACUGCACCUUGGCCUGCACCAUCUCGGCCGAGCACUGCAGCACGCCCAUUACCUUGCGCAAGGACAUUCUGCUGCGCAUCUUCCCGAUUGAUGCGCGUCCCAAUCCCAACAAGGGCAUGUUCGGGGGCCUGUUCUCAUCGUCGCAGCCAAAGCGCAACACGGACGCCGUCAGCGGUGUCUUUGAGCUGACUCUUACGCCCCAGCAGCGGCAGCGGUCGGCAACGUCUGUCGUCGACACGUCGACCAUUUAUGUCCGUGGUGAGGAAAAUCUGCGCAGCUGGCGUCCACGCCGUGGAUCGUUGUUGUGCGAGCACCAAGCCGAGGCCGAGCACUUGACGCGCGUCUCGGAGCUGGAAAAAACCAAGCAGUUCCUCGCGCUGCGCGAAAAGGUUCGUGCCAUCAAGCAAGGAACGCCGAUCGCUUCGCUCGCGCCGCCAGCCCGUGGCCGAGCUGGCAGCUCCAAGAGCCAAUCCGAUGCCACCGCCCCGGCCGACGAGGCAUCUGAAGCAGCCACCGUCUACACUGACAAGCAGCGAGAGCUCCUUGAACGCUGUUUGUCGCUGAUUCGGCUGAAUGCUCAAAAGACUACAAUGCUCAAGAUUGCCGAGGCAUCUUUGCAGCGCCAACAUUACCUCAGCUCCAGCCCUACUCCUGAACAUGAGCUCAGCUUCAUUCCUAUGGUUGUGGAAACCAAGAAAAAAGACGUUGUCACCAAACAAGGCUAUCUUAACUUUUUGGAAAAGACGGGAGACGCAUGGACGCGUCGCUGGCUGGUGAUUCGUCGCCCUUAUCUCUAUAUUUACACUGACGAAAAGGAUCCAGUUGAACGCGCCGUGAUCAAGCUGUCCUCCAUCAAGAUCCAGUACAGCGAACAACAGGCUUCCAUGCUGCAGGCUCCGUUUGUCUUCUCGCUCUGCACCAAGUAUCGUGGCUACCUGCUGCAAGCUAGCAGUGAGAGCGAGGUUCACGAUUGGCUCUAUGCCGUCGAUCCGCUCCUUGUUGGUGCCACUGUGUCGCGUGGCGCGGCGCCCGGCAAGAACUUUGGCCAAAUCAUGAAAAAGUCAAUGCAAAGUUUGUUCUAACUUGCAUCUGUGAAACGUCUUUAUUCCCUAUCGCUUGAUCAAGUGUUGUUGGCGCUCUGCUUUUUCCUGAGCUCCACCCUUUACCUUUUACGUGAUGUAUGCUUUUUUUUUUUCUUGUUGUUUUUAUCACUGUGGUCUGUUGCCCUCUUUUGCGAAUACUUGAA